AUGGACACUAAUAGUGUGGAUGUACGAGCUGCUUGUGUUGACAUGCUAAAGGGUGGACAAUGUCAGAUGAGGCAUGGGCUGAAAAAGAAGUACUUUGAUGGAGUUCCAGCAAAUCUAGUGAGGACAACGUCACCUGUGACGUGUAUGACUGAUGAUCAAUGGAGAGCAUUAGUGGAGAUGUGGUCCAACCCAAAACACAAGAAACAAGAAAAAUAUAAAGACACAGAGCCCACUGCAAUUGAUUUGUUCAAGGAGAUGCAUUGCAGCAAGAAAAGUGGUUUUUGUGAGCCUAUCAAAAAUGCAAUUGUGCUGCCAAAGUCAAGUACAUUUCUUCAAAAUGUGGGGCUGCCAAUCUCCAAGCCAAGUAGUAGAAGUGUAGUUAGUUCACAGGUGUGGGAGCUACAGGCUCAACUUGAGGCUAAGGAGCAAGAAUCUGCGCAACUUAAGCAAGAAUCUGCACAACUUAAGCAAGAGGUGGCUAGCCAAGCACACGAAAUUGACAGCUUGAAGAAGGGACAUCAAGAAACUCAUGCCCUCCUUCGACAGCUGAUUCUUCACUUCAAUCAGGGUCAAGUCACUCCUCCCUAA